AUGAACCCACCAGAUGAUUCAGUAUUAUGUCCAAUAACGCUAGAAUUAUUUCGAGAUCCAGUUUUAGCGCAAGAUGGCCAUACAUAUGAAAGAAAAGCCAUUGUAGAAUGGAUUAAAAAGAAUGGUACCAGCCCAAUAACGGGCGAACAAAUCUCACUUGAACACUUAUAUCCUAAUUAUGCAAUCAAAAAGGCAGUGGAUCAUUUUGAAACAUCGUCGAAGAAAAAAAAUUAUCAAUAUACGCUUAAUAUUGACGUAAAAAAGAAAUCUGGUCGACCACUUUUUCAAACAUUUGGCAAAGCUAUAUAUCAUGCACAAUGGCUACCGACCAGGGAUAAUCGCCCAGAAAUAAUACUAUUAAAAAUCGAUGGUGCUCGGACUAAGAAAGAAGCAUCAUUUUACGUUGAUCUUAGUCGUCAUCCACAUAUUGUUCGAACAUAUGGUCUUGUUCAUGAACAUCAUGAUGAUAGUGAUAACCAUGAAAUCAAUGCUAUUAUGCUAUUACAAGAAUAUGCACAUAUGGGCAGUCUCUACGAUCUACUACAAGAACGAACAAAGUUACCCGAUGAAAAAAUUUUGAUUGAAAUAUUUUUACAAAUCAUUGAUGCAAUGAGCUUUUUGGCAUUUAAUAAUGUUGUUCAUGGCGAUCUUGCAUGUCGUAAUGUACUCGUAUUUCGUUUUGAUGAAACGAAUCCUCGAAAUAUUAUUGUGAAAGUAACUGAUUUUGGUCUCAGCCGACACAGUAAAUUGUAUUCGUUAACGCCGGGUGCUGCCAAGACAACUUUAAAUAUUGUUCCUAUACGAUAUGCUGCGCCAGAAAUACUUGCAGUUAAUGCGACACCUGAUGAUUAUACGGAGAAAUCUGAUGUUUACUCGAUGGGUGUUCUGAUGUGGGAAGCUUAUUCUCGAGGUAUGAUACCAUGGGCAAAAAUUGAAAGUGACAAUGAGGUUAUUCGAUGUGUUACUAACGGUGAGUUACUUUCAAAACCAUCAAAAUGCAGUGAUGUCUAUUGGUCCAUCAUGUGUAAAACUUGGUCGACGUUACCAAGAGAUCGACCAAGUUUUGCUGAGCUGAAACAUCUUUUGAUGGAACAGCACUAUAAUUCAUCAUCUCCGCCAUCGACAAACGGUAUGUUUUAUCUCAUCGUUUAA